AUGAAAACGAAUUCUCCAACACUAUCUUUUUCUGUAAUUAAUAUUGAUCAUAAAGAAGCACCAGAUCUUAUUGAAGUACCUCCUGAAACUCUUGCUAAAAUAGAAAAUGUUGAAGAAACAAAUGUUACAUCGUCAUUGACUUUUAAUAAAUGUUGGAAAUGGUUAAGAAUAUAUGCGAAGAAAUUUUGUGGAUUACAUGAAGAACGACCAAAACGUUUGCCAUGGCAAGAAUAUUUUUGGAGUUUUAUUGGAGCAUUUUUGGGUAUCGCAGCUGUUGCCUUUCUUCAUUUCAGAUUACUCGAAAAGCAUCAAUUAUCAUUUUUAAUCGGUUCAUUUGGUGCUUCUGCUGCUAUUAUAUUUGGUGCACCUCGUUCUCCAUUAGCUCAACCUCGUAGUUUAAUUGGUGGCCAUCUUAUAGGUGCUAUAUGUGGUUGUGUAGUACGAUUAGCUAUUUAUCAAUUUGAAAAAUCAGUGGGAUGUGCUAUAGCAGUUGCAACAGCCAUUGUAGUAACACAAUUGACUGAAACAACUCAUCCACCAGCUGGUGCAACUGCUCUAAUUGCUGUUACUGCUCAUCCUAUUUUACCUUGGGCAAAUUUUCAAUUUAUUUUAAUACCUGCUCUUAGUGGCGCUUGUACUAUGUUAUUUGUUGCUUUAAUUGUUAAUAAUAUUGCACCUAAACGAACUUAUCCGAGUUUUUGGUGGUAA